AUGGCCCAGCUACAAAUCCCAUUUAUCAGUGUACCUCCCAAACGCACUCAAGAUGUCGAUUGGAUAUAUCCACUCAAGCAUUACAUUGCUCAUGUCUAUCAAGAAGACCCAGAAAAGUACAAUGAGGAAGCCCACAUGCUGAAUCGGUUACGCCAAGACACGCGUGGAGCUGGCAAGGAUACCACAGGAAGAGAUCUAUUAUACCGCUAUUUUGGUCAGUUGGAGCUACUUGAUUUACGCUUUCCCGUGGAUGAAAAGAAUGUCAAGGUGUUAUUCAACUGGUACGAUGCCUUUAAUGGACGACCUACUGCACAAUACUCCCUUGCAUAUGAGAAAGCGAGCAUCAUCUUCAACAUUGCAGCCACCUUGUCAGCAAUAGCAGCCAUACAGAAUCGAGGCGAGGCUGAAGGACGCAAAAAGGCAUUCAACUAUUUCCAAGCAGCGGCAGGAAUGUUUCAAUACAUCAACGACAACUUUUUGCAUGCACCAUCACAAGAUCUAAGUCGAGAGACCGUCAAAGUGUUGACAGAAUUGAUGCUGGCACAAGCGCAUGAAUGUUUUUUGGAAAGCAGCGUACGUGAGAAGAAGAAGGAUGGAUUGGUCGCCAAGCUUGCGAGUCAUACAGUUUGGGUCUAUGGCAACAUUGUGGAUGAAUUACAAGAUGCCGUUUCACGAGGAGCAGGAAUUGAUAAAUCUUGGGUGACUUUAUGUCAAAUCAAGCACAAGUAUUAUCAGGCCUUGGCUCAAUUCCAUAAGGCAGCGACAUGUGAAGCCGAAAGUCAUUAUGGUGAACAGGUGGCUCGAUUGAAAGCGGGUGAAUCAGCAGCCAAGGAAGCCUCUGGAAAGUUAUGCACAUCGCUCAUCAGCCAAGUACAGUCUUCUGGCAACAACGUCGAUGGUACAUUACCAGCAGAUAGUGGCACGGUGAUGCAAGAAAUGACAAAGACGCUAGCAGCCACUUGCGAGGAGAAAUGCACGGCAGCAACACGUGACAAUGAUAUGAUUUACCAUGACAAUGUGCCUCAAGAAUCCAUUCUUACGCCUAUUGAUCGUCUCAAAGCCGUGAAGCCGACACCCAUCUCUGACCUCUAUGGUCCCAAUGAUAUCAGCAAAGUGAUUGGCCCUGACAUCUUUGCAAAGUUGGUCCCGCUCAGUGUUCACGAGAGUGCAUCCAUGUAUUCGGAAGAGAAGGCGAAGCUACUUCGAGGCGAAUCAGAGCGAUGUGAUUUGGCAAAGGCGGAAUUGCAGACAGCCCUUGAUUAUAUGAAACUCCCUGGAUCAUUGGACAAGUUUACAAGACAACAGGAUCAAUCGGUGGAUGACCUCAUGGUGCCAACAAAGGAGACAAAGCAGUGGGCGGAUGAUAUUGCUUCAGACGAGAAUCGUACAUCUAUUCAGGAGCUGAUGGAGACCCUGGAGGGAUUCAAACGACAUGCAUCACAAAAAUUGGAUGAAGCCACAUUUGGCCUUGACAAGGAAAUGCAUGAAUGUGAACGUAUGCGUGUCAAGUAUGGUGAUCAAUGGACACAGCAGCCCUCUUCACAAACCACAAGUGAUUUUCGACGUGAUAUCAAGAAUCACCGAACCACUUUGCAAACGGCAGCUCAAUCUGAUGGUGAUAUCUUGCAACGAUAUGAAGGGGUCAAGGAGGACAUUGCAGUGUUAAAACAAGGAGGCAAAAGCACUGCUCUGGAAAAGGCCUUUUCGGAUGGGACAUCUUUGGCUUUCAAACAAGAUUCAAGCAGCAAUGGUGGUGCACAAAGUUUACUGGAUUUGGAUAUGCCCACGAGCAAUCAAGGAGGGCAAGAUAGCUUGAAGGAUAAGGUCAACAAGGUCGAGAAUGCCUUGGAGAAAUUGCGAAGGAUUGAGAGUGAGCGCAAUGAGACGCUUCAGGAUCUCAGGGAAAAGUCAUUGGAUGAUGAUAUUUCAAAUGUCUUGAUUCUCAACAAAAAGGCUCCCAAUGUUGAACAGCAAAUCUUUGCCAGUGAGCUUGAAAAGUAUCAAUCCCAUCAGCAACGUAUCACAGUGACGAUCCAGCGACAGCAGCAAGCAAUUCGUGAAUUGACGGAUGCAUACAAGUCAUUGAUGGAGGAUAAGGAGGCGUCUUCAUUGCAGACACGCUAUGAUCGGAUACAAGCACAACAACGGAAGGUGGUUGAUCGGUUCAAGAAUGCAAAGGAUCGAUACUUUAAUGUCAAGGAAGACCUUACCAAAGGGAUCCAAUUUUACUCCAAUGCAUGUGAUGUGAUUGAUGUGUUAUAUGGCAACAUACAGCGAUUUCUACGAGAACGAGAGAAUGAGAGAGAGCGACUUUCUGAGCAGCUACAAAGCAACCAAACUGCAAGAGAACAGGAGAUCUUGAAGGAGAAGCUUCAGAAUUAUGGAUCCGCUCCUCCUGCACCUACAACAUCCACCUCCCAGGGCACUAUCGACAAUAAUGUAUCUCGACUCGUUGAACAAGCCCGCACGAUGUCUUUGGGUGAUCCUAAUUCCACGCCCAGUUCAUACAGCAACAUGCCGAUCUCUCAACAGCCUUAUGCAUCACCAUUGCAUACAACUACUGCUACGAGUAGUGUUGGGUCAACAGUGCCAAUGUAUAAUCCUGCUUUCCAACAACAACAGCAGCAGCCUACAACAUCAACAUCAACAGGUUAUGGUUAUGGUGGUGGUGGUCCUCCUCCUCCUCCUUUACAACAACAACAACAGCAACAACAGCCUCCGUUGCCACCUAAACCACCAUCCUCAUCACAAACACCUACCACCACCGGUACAUAUAGCAUGUUAUCAGCGCCUUAUCAUCAUACACCUACUAGCAUGCAGCCAACGUCAAAUCAAAUGGCUCCACCAGUGCCUCCAUCACCGUCUCCUUAUGGUAGCAUGGCAACACAGCAACAACAACAACCACUUGGUAAUGCCUAUACACCGAUGUCGGUAGGAGUAGGAAGUCGCGGUCCAGAUCAAUAUUAUGCAACGGCACCACCGCCACCGCCACCUCAACAACAGUAUCAGCCAUAUCCAGUUCCCAUGUCAUCACAUCCUCCUCCUCCUUCUGGUGGUGCACAAUACCCUGGUUACGGUAUGCAAUAUCAACAGCAACCACCACCACCUGCACAUUACUCUCAGCAACCUCCAACACCACAACAGCAACAACCUCUACCACCUCAACAACAACAAGGAUCUACGAACAAUCCACCUUAUUGGCAAGGAAGUAGUAGUGGAUCACUCUUGGAUUAG